UCAUUGUUUUGUUUAUGUGUACACACUACACAAACUUUCAGCAUUCUGAGUAGUAAUUAUUGAAUUAAAUGGGAAAAUGUGUGAUUUUAAUGAUAAUCCAUUGAAGCUAAGUGUAAAAUGGAACGGAAAGGAAUUCAAUAUACCAGAGUUUUCGCCAUCCGAUUCUGUGGCUAUGCUGAAAAUUGCAAUAGAAAAUGCUACUGGAGUUCGGCCCGAACGACAGAAACUUCUCAACGUGAAAUUCCAGGGCAAAGUAGCAACAGAUAAUUAUACACUCUCUGAACUUAAUCUCAAGCCAAAUCUGAAGAUAAUGAUGAUGGGGUCACUUGAGGAGGCGAUAGAAGGAGCCACAACAAAGCCAGAUGUUGGGGAUGAUGUCAUCAAUGAUCUAGAUAUUGAAGAAGAGGAUGUUGAUGUGGAAAAUCAGGAAAUAUAUUUAGGAAAAAUCAACAAAAGAGUAAGGGAUUAUAAUAUCAGAGUGUUGAAUGAGCCUCGGCCUGGCAAGAAACUACUGGUUCUGGAUAUAGACUACACUCUGUUUGAUCAUAGAUCUGUGGCGGAGACAGGCUAUGAACUAAUGAGGCCAUUUCUGCAUGAGUUUCUUACAUCAGCAUAUGAAGAUUAUGACAUUGUUAUAUGGUCUGCUACCGGCAUGAAGUGGAUAGAAGAAAAAAUGAAGCUACUUGGAGUGGCCUCGCACCAGGACUACAAGAUCAUGUUCUACUUAGAUUACCUGGCUAUGAUCACCGUGCACACACCCAAAUAUGGAACAAUAGAUGUUAAACCUUUAGGCGUUAUUUGGGGUAAAUACCCCCAAUACAGUUCAAAGAACACAAUAAUGUUUGACGAUAUUCGUCGAAACUUUAUAAUGAAUCCCAAAAGCGGCUUAAAGAUCAGAGCUUUCCGCCAGGCGCAUCUCAACCGAGACAAAGACAGAGAACUCAUACGUCUGUCCAUGUAUUUACGAGACAUUGCUCGACACUGCGACGACUUCGAUACUCUGACUCAUAAGAAGUGGGAGAAGUACAAACCGGAGAAGAAGAAACAUGCGGGUAGUAAGAGAAAAGCUGACGACAACUCGGACAACUCCGGCGCGACGACGAGCGAAUGAUCGAAUUUAUUAGUACCAAGUACAUAACAGACGAAUGUGAAAGUUUCCAAAACGACAUUCUACAAAUUCCUUAACAGAAUGUGCUAAUAUUAGUCACAAACCUUGAAAUUCAUUUCUUUUUUUAAUUAAUUAAACAUUUAAGAUAAGACUA